AUGUAUGGAAACAAUAAGGGUGCAGCUGAGAAUAAGAUGUUGGAGAUUUCUAUCGCUAUAGGGCGCACUCGAUUUACUUCCCGUACAAUGAUCUCGGAGAGAAUGAGCAUUUGGUUUAAAGCAUCAUGGUUACUAAUAGUCAUUCUUCACUCAUGCGCACACGCACAAGAUUUACCGGAAGUACAGACAACUCACGGGAAAAUAGUUGGAUAUGUACAAGAAAUGUUUGGAAAGAAAAUAAAGACAUAUUUAGGAAUUCCGUUCGCCAUGCCACCUAUUGGUAGCCUUCGUUUUAAACGCCCCCUGCCGGCGGAAAGUUGGGAGGGCGUUCUCAAUACCAGUUCGUGGCACAACGCCUGUUUCCAGAUGCCAUUUCUGUCCUUCGUCGACAAAGUCGGCGAGGAGGGAGAAGCUAUCUGGAACCCGAAGACUCCGAUGAGUGAAGACUGUCUCUACCUCAAUAUUUGGGUUCCCGUCAACCGGGAAAUCCCUGUGAAGUCUACAAUGGUAUGGAUAUUUGGUGGGGGAUUUGUAACCGGAACUUCCGCCCUCGAGCUGUAUGAUGGGACGGCUCUCGCUGCAUAUGCAGAUAUCAUUGUUGUAUCAAUUAAUUACCGUUUAGGACCGCUUGGAUUUUUAUAUUUCGGUAACGAAGAAGCGCCUGGAAAUGUUGGUCUUUUGGACCAAGUUUUAGCAUUGCAAUGGAUUAAUAAAAAUAUUGAAAAUUUCGGAGGAGUUCCGAAUGAUAUUACUCUGUUUGGAGAGAGCGCUGGAGCAGCUAGUGUGAGUUAUCAUCUUAUGUCUGAAAUGUCCCAGCCUCUUUUUCAACGAGCAAUUAUGCAAAGUGGCACGUGCCUGAGUCACUGGGCCCACGUGACACCUGAAACCGCCCUCGCCUAUGCAAAGCUCCUGGCCAAGGAGAUGAACUGUUCGUCCGGUGAUGAAGGUGACAGCUUACAUUGCCUACAACAUGCUGACGCAAAGACCAUGUCGGAUUACCAAUGGAGACUUCCGAUAACAUUCCUUACGUUUCCAAUAGUUCCAACCACGGAUAAUCACUUUAUAAAACAAAGUCCAAAGGAAUUUUUACGCGCUGGUCGCUUUCCCAACAAGUCUUUACUAAUGGGAGUUAACAGUGAUGAAAGUGUGUACUUUCUAAAUUAUUAUCUGUUUGAUAAAAUUGACUGGCCUUCUUCACAUUUAAAUCGGUCGCUAUUCCUCGACUCAAUCCCGAUGGUUGUGUCCGACAACGGACUCUCGAAAGUCGUUGCAGACCGCCGCCAUCGCCCCCUGGUGGACUCGAUCUUACAACAGUAUGAGACGGAAUACCUCCCUGGAGCAGCUAAAAACUAUAUGAACAUUCUGGAUGAUAUAGGUAUGGCCCUUGAGUUGCCAAAUUACCCAUGGGAGGCCCCUGAGUUGCCAAAUUACCCAUGGGAGGCCCUUGAGUUGCCAACUUAUCCAUGGGAGGUCCUUGAGUUGCCAAAUUACCCAUGGGAGGCCCUUGAGUUGCCAACUUACCAAUGGAUGGCCCUUGAGUUGCCAAAGUACCCAUGGGAGGCCCUUGAGUUGCCAACUUACCCAUGGGAGGUCCUUGAGUUGCCAAAUUACCCAUGGGAGGCCCUUGAGUUGCCAACUUACCAAUGGAUGGCCCUUGAGUUGCCAACCAACCCAUGGAAGGCCCUUGAGUUGCUUAAUUACCCAUGGGAGGCCCUUGAGUUGCUUAAUUAA